CCUCCCUGCUCGUUUCCUCCGGGUGGUCUGCGACAUCAUGUUCCACUUGAGUAGCAAUAUGUAUAGCUAAAAACAGGUGUGAAGGAUCCUCCUCCUCCUCUUUUGUUAAAUGAAAACAAGGUGGUCUGGACGACCUACUUAUAGAGCUCGGCCUAAGGCGGAAAGUACGGCUAGUUCCAUUUUUCAGUGGAAGACAUGUUUUUGGUUCUCGACGAAGUUCAGACAUAUUUAUUUGUUGGAUUUUGGAGCGAGACAUUAUGUAUGAUUACCCUAGCACUUCAUCGUCCAGCACUAGUAAAACGACAUAUCAUGUGUACCAUUUAUUGAUUCAUAUGUACCCAUUGCCACCCCCCAAUAUUUGUUUCGUGAAAAAAUGGACAAGUCCUUUUUUUUUGUCGACCUUUGAGCUUCCUCGACCACUUUGUGCCUUUUGUUUUCAUCAUUCUCACCAGCAGCACAAAGUAGAUUACCCCCGUCAAAAAUAUCUUGAAUUUAAUUUUUCUACCCGAAAAAUUAUAGAGAUUGGCGUCACCUCAGCUAUCCAUGGAAAGUUGAAUUUGGGGUAAUUUGUCAAAGUGUUGACAGUUCCGUCGUACGAGCUCCAGCAAGAACAUAAACAACUUUAUCGCCUGAAAACUCUGCAAACGCCCGCAGUGGUGUACGAAAAGUUCAAAACAACAUCAAGAAGCUGGGGCGACAUAAUUCCGUGUAUAAUCAAGCAGUAUAGCAGACAGAAGCAGCAAUCUUCAUCAUAGUAGAAAUUGAAAUGCUC